AUUUUCUCUAAGCAGUAUCAGGUCCCGGACGAGCUCCGCAGCCAGCCCUCCUCUCCCGCCAUGGACCUCCCAGGCUGCGCGCCGCCCGCCCUCUGAGGGAGCUCCUUCGCCCCACGCGGAGGAGCAGGAGGAGGAGGAGGAAAAGGGAGUAAGGCGCGGCCCCGCCGCCGCCCAGCCGCCGUCCCGCCGAGCGCUGGCCGCGGGGCGCCGCGGCGGCAGCAGGCGCGCAGCCCCCUCCGCCUCCCCGCGCCCGCCCGGCGGCGGAGAGCCCGAGAGGCGGCGGUCCGGCGCGGGGCAUGGGGCGGCGGCGGCGGGGGGCGCUGCCCGAGGCGGCGGGCGGCUGCUGCUGCUGCCUGGCGGCGGCGCUGCUGCUGCUGCUGCUGCCCGCCGGGUGCCCGGUGCGGGCGCAGAACGACACGGAGCCAAUCGUCCUGGAGGGGAAGUGCCUGGUGGUGUGCGACUCCAGCCCUUCGGCCGACGGCGCCAUCACCUCCUCCCUGGGGAUCUCCGUGCGCUCGGGCAGCGCCAAGGUGGCCUUCUCGGCCACCCGCAGCACCAACCACGAGCCCUCCGAGAUGAGCAACCGCACCAUGACCAUCUACUUCGACCAGGUAAGUUUAAUGCAAAACGGCUACCCAGUGAUUUCAGCUUUUGCAGGGGAUCAGGACGUCACCAGAGAAGCAGCCAGCAACGGGGUUUUGCUCCUCAUGGAAAGAGAAGACAAAGUGCAUCUCAAACUGGAAAGGGGUAACCUCAUGGGAGGGUGGAAAUAUUCAACCUUUUCUGGCUUCUUAGUCUUUCCGCUAUAAAAGAAGGCCAACUAGGAGACAGAUUGAUGAGCUGGAGCAAGAAUUCAGUUAACAACACCCUGAACUUGGCAGCACACGACAAUAUUUCCAGUCACCCCAUCAGACUGUCACAGUAGAAGAACGAUGACCUUCUAAACUCCAACAUUUGCUUUGAAUAUUGACAAUUCCUCGGGAACCUGCGCCUCUAAUUAGUUUUAGACGACAGUGAUCUUUAGGAGAAAUGAAAUUAUCGACCUGAGCAAUUUGUACCUGUGAUUGUAAAGUCAAUUUUGGAUUUUAUUGUUGGGAUCAUUGACUUUCUUCUUUUUUAUUAUUUUUUUCCCUCUUGUUCAUUUUUUCCCCUCUUCUUUCUCUUCUUGUUCCAAUGAGACAAAUUACUUGGACCACGCAAUCGCUUUGUCAGAGGCUCAAUCCAGAGCCAGAAGAAUGAAGUGUUGAGCCCAAUGAGGUGUUCUUUCCAUGCUUUAUUUCUUUGUGUUGUAUAGCCUUAAGGAAAAAAAGAAAAAAAAAAAAGAAAAAAAAAAGAAUGGCUUCAGUCUCAAUCCUGUAUUUUUCUGGGGGAGGGGUAUUCUGGACAUUACUGUGUCAAGAAGUGCUUUAUCCAGUGAAGCAAAAUUUGCACGAUUGGAAUCUUAUUUGUUUUGUGUUGUUCGUGUUUUUCAUCGACUUUUUUUUUCCUGAUUUUUAUUUGUAUGCGCUAAAAAUGUAAGCUAGAUUGAUCAAUAAGGCAAAACAAAGCACAUAUAUACCCUGUAGCUCUAAGUAAAGCUAACCAGUGAACAAUUGUUGUCUACACUUCCAGCUGAUCUUUAUAGACCUAUUAAAAAGAGAGGAAAAAAAAGAGAGAGCUACAUGAUCCUUCAGUUACGAUCUGGAAACCAGUAAAGGAACUGACAUUUCUGAAUGGCCCUGACAUUUCUAGAAGCAACAAUGGAGGCUUUGAAUAUCUUAACUGACCAUACCCUAAAAUAUGUCCUUUCUUUGCAUUACCAAACAUGAUUUGGGUGCUUUUAGCUAACAUUUAUUUCAUGUAUUUUUUCACCAAUGCUUGUGUAUGUAUUGUGAGAGCUCAGAGAGAUGGCGGAGCAAACUCUUCCUCUUCCACCUUAAAUAAAACCACCUCCACUAGCCUGUCCAUGGCAAGUAUCUAAGCACCUGCCCCUAGCAUCUUUGACAGCAUUUGGGAGUGGGACCUCAGAGGAUCAGCGAAUGCACCAGAAAUUGUGCAGGUGCCAUGUAUUUAUCAGCUGUUUGUGUUCUGACCAACACAAAUGGCCUCUGAGUUGUGGGGGUGCAAAGCAAUCGGUACUGGAGGUGAGGAAAAGUUAUUACACCAGUUGACAAGAGGAAAAAUACCAGGCCAGCAUCAAACGCAUACUUUUGCCUCAUUCUCAUCAAAUAAAUCUUAUGUCUUCACUUUAUGACAGUGUGCUGAGGACGUACUUGCAUGAGGAGAUCCAGGAGGGAUGUUUAUAUUCUUUGAUAUGAUUUUAACUUCAUUUAUUUAAAUAUUUCAUCUUGUUAUUAAGCCCACAUGAGUGGAUAUGUAUAAGAAUUUAUUUUUUAUCAGAUUUACUCCUCUGCCACAAACAAAUAUAAUGCAAAGGCAUUUGCAGCAAGUUGGUGGUAGCUAUGUUGUAUUUCAAAAUUAUGGUGGACAUGUCAUUUUCAUUGUAAAUUUAUCAUUAAAGGGACAAAAUCAAUUAAAAUCAUAUAUUCUUUAAAAAAAUCUUAUCUGUGUUGCUUAUGAUACCUCAAAUGGCUAAAACCUAAGCCAAUUUUAUAUUUAAGAUUUUUGUAUGAUUUUUUGUGGUUGGUAUUUGCUUUGGCGUUUUGCUAAGCUGUUCGUUGAAUGAAUGAGUUUCAGAUUUUGUUUUUUACUGAGUUGCAUUUUCUGGUUCCUCCUUGUGCAUUGGCAUGAUUGUAAUGUUUUAGUUGCAGAAUAUAGCAGGGCUAUGUUUAAAUACAAGAAAUAAAACCUGAGUCAGCAACAAUCUUUUUCGAUUGAAACACAAAAAUCAUUAUGAAAGUAGUUCAUGGGUACUGUAAAACUAUUUUUAAAUCUAGGUUUUUGUGUUUAAAAUUUCAUCACCUUUCUCAAGGAAAUAUGCACUGAUUUUGGUUCAAAGUUCCAAGUUUUCAGUUUCUGUUACAUUCCCACGGUGUUACUUUGAAAUUACGCCUACCAUAACCACUUUCAGUUUUUCCAUAUAACUUGGUUCGUCUGCUUUGAAUGAGGCAAUGAUGUUUUAGUUCUGGCUCUCUCCUGAGUGAAGCAAUGCCAAUUGCAAGGUUUUCUUUGGGCACAUUCUUUGAAGCCUCUGAGCCACUAAAAUUGUGGAAUUUGAACACCUCACCUCAUGUAUUCAAGUCUAGUAAUUCUGUCUGUGCUUAUAUUUAUGAAGUUAAAUACAUAUGCAUGUUUACCAACUUUCUGAAUGGAAGAAAGGUCUCUAAUAUACCCUCUCCCUCUUUCUUCUAUUUGUGUGUCCUUCAUGAUAAGCUGUGAAGUUGGCACCAUUAUACAAACAGUUGUAUUAAUUGGAAAUGGGGCAGUAAAUUCUCACUGUACACUAAUUAUAAACACAGCUUUUUGGGGGGUGGUUUGGUUUCUUAUUUGGAAAUGUUUGUUCCUAUUCCCCUUUUAAUUCAUUUUGUACCUGAGUUUGAAUAGAUGCAACCUGUUUGUCUUUGGUAGAUAUUUUGGGAUAUAUACAAGGCACUGUAGAAUGCAACAGGAAUUAUUAUGUGAAGCUGCUUAGAGGAGCCUUCUGGCACAUAAAGAAUAGGCUUAUCUAAAGUAAUUUAUAAAAGUACAUUGAUUAGGUAUCAUUUAGAGCUGGUGCAAAAUUCACGUUGAGGAGCACCAUGAUGCUUACUAAGUGUAAAACAUAACACUGUGAAGCAGGCUAGUGGCACAAUAACAGCUUUGGUUCCUGUGGGGGUAAUAACACAAUAUUCUUUCCAACAACUUUCAAACUUGCUCAUAAAUUUCUGUGUAAGUUAUUCCUAUGAGAACACUGUACAUUUGAUAUCUUCCCUUCCAGGGACCAGCUGCAUCCCUCUCACUCGUGUGUCUUUGGGAAGCAUUGUUUGAUUGUUUCCUCAGUGGACACUUGUCAGGGUAGAAGCCAAAACCUAUUUCAGAAGUGAUAUUCAUCAUACAGUUUAUUUCUUUCCUGUAUAUCUUCAAAUUUUACAUCUAUAGUUUGAACACGAUCUUGCAAAAAGCAGAAUGCCCUUUCAUACCCUCUGAGGCAGUGGGUGUGAUGGAUAUGUAGUGUCUCUCAUUACUGGUCAGCAUCUUGCAAGCUGGAUCUGUUUAUGAUGGUGGGAGGAGGAGAGAGAUGGACAGGGUGAAACUAGGGAGGUGUUUAGCAGUUACAUUUUGUUUGUUGACUGUGACAUUUUUAACUUUUAAGUAGAACAUUUUGAUUUCUUUGGACCGAAUUUUUAUCUUGCACAAGCUAAGUAGAAGAUGCUUGUUUACAGAUGGAGUUUUUAAGAAGUAGUUGAAAGUGGUUUCAUAUCUUUGCAAUGUGACAUUCAUUUCUGGAAUAGGCAGGGUCACAGGUAGAGUUGCUUAAAAGUAACUUACAAUUAAUAGCUUAUUUCAAUCCAUUAUAACCUUUUGUGUUAACAAGCACUCAAAAAUCAGUGUUGUCAAUACAGUUCAUGAUUUUCACAGGUAAUAACUUGUUAGAUCAAAGUCCAUUAAAUUACAUAUAACCAUAGAAAAACAAAAAACCAACCAACCAAACAAACAAAAAAAAAGAAUCCACUUGUUUUUAUUUAUUAUUGAAAGCAUUUGAACUCCACAUUCUCCUGUACAACUGUUCCAAGACCACAUCCAUUUCUAAUCAGGGCAUCAAAUAAUAAUGAUUCACUGUAAAAUAACCAACUUUUUAAUGGAUCAGAUUCCUUUGUUUGGCUUGUCUUCAUCUGUCCGAGUACUCAAAACAGAUAUGUAUGAUUACUGCUCACCCUGCUAACUCAGUCAUAUUAACUGGUUAUAAGCUGAGAAUUAUUAUGUGAUGCAUCAUGAUUGUAGUUAGACAUUGAUUAGGUGGCUUGUCAAAUGAUAGGGAAAGCUUUUGAUUGGUUGGUUAAUAGUAUCAGCAAAAUUCUAGUGUGCCAUAGUGAAAUAGGUAUAUUAUCUUUUUAAUGAAGAGGUUAAUCCUACUUGGUUUACUUCUGUAUAGUCAUUUUCUCUGUUAGGAAUCUUAUGAAAGACAUCAGUAGGAUUGGGCCUGAAUGAUAGGGCUUUGACUUUGAUUCAUUAUCUACAGUUAUUUUUACUUUUAAAAAAUUGGUGGUAGUAAAUGCAAACCCAUAGUUAACAUGAAAAACACUUAUCAGUUUAAACAUAUUUCAAUACCGGUCACAAUUCCAGCAAUGUAACUAAAGUCCUACAAAUAUAUUGCAAGCUUAUGCUGCAAAUCCAUUUUCGAAACAUCAUUUUUUCCACUCUUGUCUGGCAUACUCACAUAGCUGAUCAUUUCCUUGUUAGCCAUUACCAGUAAAAUCCAAAUAUCACUAAUUGCUUUUUAUACAGUCUCAGUGUAAUCAUGAACUUGCACUUCAUAUAUCUUCCCGGAUAGUAUAUGAUGAAGUACUGAGUUAAUCCCAUCAACUAUACAUCAGCAAAAUAAAGAUGUGCGAUGUCUCUGAAGAUUAGGUACUGUAUAUAAUGGUUUAUAAAGAUAAUGAGAAGCUAAUAAUAAAUACCAUGAUGAAUUCUGUAUUUUUAAAAAAUACAGGAAUAAAGGUGGUGUAAACAAAUGCUCAAAAACUCAAGAAAUACUAAGUUUUUAAAUUAAUGUUUUUCACUGAUACUGAGUGCUCCUCUGAAAGCAAUGCCUCCUAGUUUGUUAAGUUGACCCAUGACAUCAGAGGUGAAUGCUGGUGGUGUAGCAGAAGAGGUUGAAUCUUCAUACCAAUAUUCCAUUACAUUUUGUUGCCAUGUGGCAGAUGGCAGCAGAGGGGCAGUCCGACACACUGGCAUCUGACAUGGAAGUGCAUAUGAAGCAAAGGUGUGGAGCUGAAUCCCUCCAUACAGAAAAAAUGGCACCCACUGACAUUCAUCAAUGCUUGCUGAGAGCUUAUGGAGACCAAACAGUGGAAGUGAGCACAGUGACAUGGUGGGUGGUGCGUUUCUACAGUGGUGACAGAGACAGUGGUUCACCUCCUCUGGUGCAGAAUUUUACUAGUGCAGCAUGCAGGCAUCAUAGCUAAUGGUGAUGACUAUGUUGAGAAAGAGUAUUUUGUUGCUGAGAAUUCGCUCUAUCAAGUAGUGUUAUUGUGCUCUUUGUAUCUGUUGAAGUUUCUAUGGAAAUAAAUAGGAGGC